UCUGGCGUCGGAGCUUGGCCAUGCGAGCCGCGGGCCGGGGGCCGCUGCCGGCGCUGCUGCAGCUGCUGCUGCUGGCCGGGCCCGGGCUGGCCGCCGCCGCGCCCACUGCCCCGCCGCGCUUCAACGUGAGCCUGGACGUGGCUGCCGAGCUGCGCUGGCUGCCGGUGCUGCGGUCCUACGACCGCGAGUUGCUGCGCGCCGCGGUGGUGCAGAUCAUCGGGGACAGAGUCCCCACGUGGGUGCACGCGCUGAUGGGAAAGGUGGUCCUGGAGCUGGAGCGCCUCCUGCCGCAGCCCUUCACCGGCGAGAUCCGCGGCAUGUGCCGCUUCCUCAACCUCAGCCUGGCCGACUGCCUCCUGGUCAACCUGGCCUACGAGUCCUCCGCGUUCUGCACCAGUAUUGUGGCUCAAGACUCCAGAGGUCAGAUUUACCAUGGUCGGAACCUGGAUUAUCCCUAUGGAGAUACCUUACGCAAGCUGACCGUGGAUGUACAAUUCUUAAAGAAUGGACAGGUCGCGUUCACCGGGACCACUUUCGUGGGCUAUGUAGGAUUAUGGACUGGUCAGAGCCCACACAAGUUCACGGUUUCUGGCGAUGAGCGAGAUAAAGGCUGGUGGUGGGAGAAUGCGAUUGCUGCGCUUUUUCAGAGACACUCUCCGAUCAGCUGGCUCAUCCGCACCACCCUGAGUGAGUCAGAAAACUUUGAAGCAGCUGUUUUCAGAUUGGCCAAGACUCCCCUGAUUGCUGACGUCUAUUACAUCGUUGGUGGCACGUCCUCCCAGGAGGGAGUGGUCAUCACAAGGAACAGAGGUGGCCCAGCGGACAUUUGGCCUCUAGAUCCUUUGAAUGGAGCGUGGUUCCGAGUGGAGACAAAUUAUGACCAUUGGAAGCCAGCACCCAAGCAUGAUGACCGAAGAACGCCUACCAUCAAAGCCCUUAAUGCCACUGGGCAGGCUCACCUCAGCCUGGAGGCGCUUUUUCAGGUUCUGUCAGUUGUUCCAGUUUAUAACAACUACACACUUUAUACCACAGUGAUGAGCGCUGCCAGCCCAGACAAGUACAUGACCAGGAUCAGAAACCCAAGUUGAAGGUGGAUUUUUUAAAAAGUGAAGAGCUGCACUUAAAAAAAA